AUGUUCCAACACAAGGUGACAAAAGGAGGAAAACCAUCUAUACAGAGUGUUCCAGAAGAAUGGAUAUCCAAGGAGUUUUAUCAAGAGAAGCUUGAAGAAGAAGACAUCUCAACAACAGCCACAGCAAGAACAAGCCACCAGACGGGUAGUCCUACCUUACAUCAAGAAUAUAUCAGAACUCGCACCCAGAUUAUUGGCGCAAAAAGGAAUUUCGUGGCCCACAAACCGAGUGCUACUCUAAGGAAAUUAAUCUCUAGACCGAAGGACAACCGGGAUAAAACCAAGAGGAACAAUGUGAUAUACCAAAUCGACUGCAACAAAUUCUACGUUGGACAAACUGGGAGAAAAUUAUGUACACGAAUAAAGGAACACAACGCGGCUGUCAGGAGGCAUGACCCCCUGUCCUUGAUAUCUAUACACGAGGACCAAGAAGGCCACAAAUUCAAUCUGGAAAACGCGAAAAUUUUGGCAUACGGAGACACGCGACACGGAAGAGAAUUUCUGGAAGCAUGGUACUCUACGGCAGGUUCAAUCAACCGGUGCAUCGAACUGGAUCCAAUUUACGCACCUCUACGUGCGAGAGAUCAACAUCGCAACCGAAACACUCAAGGAGGACCGAAUAAUGGAUUAACAAACGAAGAAACAAGGAACUCCUCGGAAUCAAAUCAAUAA